CGGGUGAUAAGGCCGCACCCGAGUUAUCGGCCCUGAUUUACAAACUGAAAUAGACAAUCAGGUUUCAUUCAUUUCAUCACAACCUUUGACAAAGCAUGUUACUCUUCGUUGGACUCAUGAUUGUGGGCGUGGCCGAGGCUGCUGUGGGCACGAGCUGUAGGUCUGAGAGCGACUGUGGGAGUGGUGAGUGCUGCAUGGCACUUGUCCCCAUGAAGGGAAAACGAGCAACCUCGGGGCAGUGCCACCCAAAGGGGACAGAGGCCUCCAAGUCACGGUGUUAUGUUGAGAAUCGCUUCUACGAGAACGGCGUUUACACAAAUAAGUGUCCCUGUGCCUCUGGACAGAAGUGCGAGUCUCUGGGAUUCAUGGAUAUGCCCAUGGGAACCGUCGGCGCCUGUCGCCAGGCAACAAAGCUUGCGACCCCAACUUCCUGUCAGAGCGGCGCGGACUGCGGCCCUGAUGAGUGCUGUAGAUCCAGGAUCAGGCCCCUUGGCCGGAGACAGCUUGGGGGUGGGGGAGUGUGCGAACCCCUCGGGACAACAGGCUCCAGCUGCUUGGCGAGCUACCCAUCAGGAAAACCUAAAACUAUGGCCUUCACCUGUCCAUGCAAGACCGGCAUGACCUGCUCGCCCAACGGACAGUUCGACGUACCCCUGGGGGCGAUGGGUAACUGCAAGUAAAUUGAUCUCAACAAAUAAACUUCUUUCUAAA